AGCCGGACCAAAAUCUAAGCGCUCGUCUCUCUCCGCCGUUCAUAUAAAUACAGAGCUGAUGAUGCUGAUGAUGAUGCUGAUGGUGGUGGUGGUGGUUCAGUGAGUUCAGUCGCUGACGAGAAGUUGGUCGUUGUCGUCAGUCGAGAGCUCGUCGCUCGUCGCUCUGCUCUGCUCCUUCCUCUCUGUGCACAUGGCGUUCAACGUUUGAUCUUCAACUGGCGUCGCGGAUUGAUUCGAGCGAGGGCUUCUUGGAGGGAGGAGGAACCGGAUUCACCGAUCCAAUCGAGGCUUUUGGGAGUACUUGGGUCGAGGAACCUGGGCGUCCCGAGAUGAGUUCUCGAUUCGAGAUUUUGGAGUUCGCCUCUCGGUGUUGAGCCUCUGGAAUUCGAAGCUUGGAUGAGGUAGGGUUUUGGUUGGAAGGCCGCCUUGCCUGAGUUUCGCGGCCUCCUCUCUUCUCUCGGUCGUCCGUCGGAGGCGGAAUCGGUCUUGGUUGGGGUUUUUGGUUUCGGCCGCGGUUUUAGGGUUUAGGUGGGGAGAGGAUAGCCGUUUGGGAAAUCUGUUGUUCGUUCGUUCGAGCUUUUUGGUUUGGCCCUAAUCGAAACGUUGCUCUCUCCCCGGAUUUCUUUCCUGAUCUUCGGACCUCGGAGUCGGAGCUUCGGUAGUAGUGUGUGCUCUGUGGUGAGAUUCCUCUCUUCUAGGGUUUUUCUUUGAUCGGAUUGAAUCUCGGCCAUGGCCUCUUACAGGCCGUUUCCCCCGCCAUCCUCAUUUGGUCCGCCGCCGAGCCAAAACCCACUCCCGCCGCCGCCGCCGCCGCCGCCGCAGCCAAUUUCGCAGCCACAGGCGGGUGCGCAGUAUUCGCAGAAUUGGGGUUACGGCGGCAGUGGAGGUGGUAGCGACGUGCCUAUGCCAUCGGCUGCUUCCGCUGCAUUCCCUCAAAACUACAGCCAAAUGCACCCGAAUUCUAGUUAUCCCCACCAACCUUACAAUCCUUCAAGACCUCAACACCCCCCUCCUCCCCAUUAUCCGUACCAGCCGCCUCCGCCACCUCCACCGCCAGAUUCUUCAUAUCCUCCGCCCCCACCUCCGCCACCUCCACAGAAUUCAGCAAGCUUACAGCCUUCUCCACAACCACAACAGCCUCCGAUGUAUUACCCAUCAUCUUCGCAAUACACUCAGUAUAAUCCUGCAUCAAUGCAGUCAUUGCAGCCACCACCGCCUCCGCCUCCCCCAUCAUCUCCUCCUACUUCUGCAAUUCCACCGCCACCGCCACCCCCAAGUUCGCCUCCUCCUCCUCCUCCUCCUCAGAGUAAAGAAAGUUCAGGCUCUGAUAGGAAAUCCCUGGAGCGCGAUAAAGGUGCUUCGAGAGAACGUGAACCUGGUAAAUAUGAUCGUGGAUUUUCCGUUAAACCGCAUAAACUCCCCGCCCCGAUGGUGAAAAAACCGAAUGGGAAUUCGGGGAGGGUGGAGACUGAAGAAGAGAGGAGGUUGAGAAAGAAGAAGGAGUAUGAGAAGCAAAAGCAGGAGGAGAGGCACAGGCAGCAGAUGAAGGAGUCACAAAAUUCGAUAUUACAGAAGACCCACAUGAUGUCUUCAGGGAAGGGACACGGGUCAAUUGUCGGUUCUAGAAUGGGGGAUAGGAAAGCAACGCCAUUCUUGACGGGUGAGAGGACUGAGAAUAGAUUGAAGAAGCCAACCACUUUCGUGUGCAAGUUGAAAUUUCGAAAUGAGCUUCCAGAUCCAAGUGCUCAACCAAAACUUAUGGCUUUCAAGAAAGACAAGGAUCGAUUUGCUAAAUACACCAUCACAUCUUUGGAGAAAAGUUGGAAGCCCGAACUUCAUGUUGAGCCUGAUCUUGGCAUACCCCUCGACCUGCUGGACCUGAAUAUAUACAAUCCUCCAAGUAUUCGCAAACCCCUUGAUCCAGAGGACGAAGAAUUACUGCGUGAUGAUGAUGUGGUGACACCAAUAAAGAAGGAUGGGAUAAGAAGGAAAGAACGACCUACUGAUAAAGGUGUUUCUUGGCUAGUUAAAACUCAGUACAUAUCUCCUCUCAGUUUGGAUUCAGCGAAACAGUCUUUAACUGAGAAACAAGCAAAAGAAUUGCGUGAAAUGAAGGGAGGUCGCAACAUUUUGGAGAAUCUCAAUGACAGGGAAAGACGAAUUAAGGAAAUCGAGGCAUCAUUUGAGGCAGCUAAGUCAGCCCCUAUUCAUGCAACCAAUAAGAACUUAUAUCCAGUUGAAGUUCUGCCUCUUUUACCCGAUUUCGAUCGGUACAAUGAUCAAUUUAUUGUUGCAUCAUUUGAUAAUGAUCCCACAGCUGAUUCAGAAAUCUACAAUAAGUUGGAACAAUCUGCCCGUGAUGAAUAUGAAGCAAAGGCUAUCAUGAAAAGUUAUGAGGCCGUAGGCUCUGAUCCAUCGAAGCCGGAGAAAUUCUUAGCCUACAUGGUCCCAUCUGCAGAUGAGAUAUCGAAGGAUAUGUAUGAUGAGGACGAAGAAAUUGGCUACUCUUGGCUUCGGGAAUACCAUUGGGAUUUUGUUAGAGGCGGCAAUGACGCAGAGGAGCCCAGCACAUACCUAGUGUCAUUUGAUGAGGGUGAAGCACGCUAUGUGCCUCUUCCCAAAAAGCUGAAUUUGAGGAGAAAGAGAGCAGAGGGAAGAUCCAAUGAUGAAGUCGAACAUUUUGCAAGACCUGCCAGUGUUACUGUGAGGCGCAGACCAACACCUGCUACUAUCGAGUUGAAAGAACCAGGGGUCUACUCAAAUUCAAAGAGGAGUGCUUCUACUUCUAACUUAGGGGCUUUAGAAGACGAUGAAGAUGAUCUUGGAUCACCUGAGAGGGUCACACAGGACGAGCAUAUGGAACGAUCUAGUGGAGCGGAAGAUGACAUGUCUGAGUGAGCAGGUUACCUGGUGGAAGUAACGGUCCAGCGUUGGAAUGUGCAGUUAUAGCACCCUGCUCUAUACAGAGUUUGUACUGAGGUUGCUUUUUCGUUAAGAUAGGUUUUUCCUUCAUCACCUUAACGCUAGAGGGAAGCUGUGCAAAAAGAUAAAGAUACAAUAAUGUGAUGUUGCAAUUGUAGUUAGCAAAUGCCAAUCUUCAUAAUGGCAAAUGGUUCUCCCUUUCAUCUUCA